CCUGCGUUCUGCUCGCUUACAAUCAGUCAAAUCGCCACAAUGCGCUUAGGAAGACUUACGCUGCUUGCUCUUGGAGCAGUGAGUGCAAAUGCAUUCCGGGAUACAUCUCCGUUCUUCCUAGCUUCUACGUCCGAGAUACUUGCUACUUCGUCAAAUAUCAAAGCCGCCACCGGUGUAUUGGAGGAUCUUAGUUCACAACUGAGCACCUGUCCAUCGGAUUACUAUGUUAUUGCGUCUCAGCCUGGUGUGCACAGCAGCGAUUUCGCGACUCGCAAGUCCGCGCCCCGCCUGGGCGCAAAGCUGACCGGGAAGGACAAAGCAAUUCGAUCCAGUAUGAUUGUCAAGGAGGUUGCAGGUGUUUUGGAGGCAAAGCAGAUCCAAAGUAUUAUCGAAAAGGAAUGCGGGGCACAGUUUACUUUGAUCGAUGCAUCUGCGAGCUCUUAUCCCUCCGAGUUCGGGGCGGGACCUCGCAUCAUCUAUGUGGACUUUCCUAUGCUCUCGCUGGGAGCCGACCGAGCCCAGCAACUUUCAGACAACGAUGGCCUCCUUGCCGAUAUCAUUGACCGAAUCCCUUCUUCGAAGAAGUAUACGCUUCUCUACGUGACAUCGCCGAGGGAGUUUGAGGGAUCCGAGGGUGUCGUUUAUAAAGCCGAGGACAGUUACCAGGACCCUCUCCGCAUGGAGCUGAAGCGGGACUACUCAGCCCACGGAAGUCAAAGUACUCCUGCAUCUAACAAAUCUCUUUUCCGAGAGUACCAAUACCUUACCCCAGGUCUCUUUAUGGGCUUUCUUGCAGCCUUUUUCUUCCUGAUGAUCUUAUACGUUGGUAUUCGAGCUCUUACGAGUCUUGAAGUUCCCUAUGCGGCAUUUGAAAAGGAUACAUCCGCCAGCGUGCAGAAGAAACAGCAAUGAUCACUCGUUGGCAUUAUUGGAUUAUUACCAUUGCAGCGAACAUAUUACUGGCUAUCAUUAUCUCUUAUACCAUAUUUGAACUGACCUCAGUAGCUGCGCAAUGUCCAAACGAGAGCUAACUCAGCAUGCUGUAUCAAUGCAACUGGCCUUUAUAUCAUGUAUAUUUGUCGUGUCAAUUUCAUUUGGAGUAUCAUCAGAUAGUCCACACCUGAAUCCGGCUCUCACGAAGCAUGGAUACACAUGGCAAAAGGCUUCAUCGAAUUUGAAUAA